AUGCAAAGAAUUGCAAAGAGAAAGACUCGCGACCCGGUUGUAGUGCUCAAAGGAAGGCAUUCCAGUUGGACGAUAAGAGCGAUGAGCAAUAUCACUCGGCAAAUGGCGGCAGAGGCAUCGGGGGCAGAAGCCCAGGCAGACCGCGAGUCGCGUGAUUUGCUGCGCGCAUGGCUCGGCAGCUGGGACGACCACUGGAGCCUACUAUCGAGCUUGCUCGGCCGAGUCUGUCGACGCCCGUUGAUCGAGAACAAGGCUUCACGCAUACCACUGAUCAUAGCGGAAACAAAGGCGCCCCUUCCGUUGAUAAUUGUCGGAAAGCUUUACAUGAGAGAGCAUAGACCACACGAAGCUGAGAUUGCACUCUGGUCCACUGGCCGCAAGCGACAGACCUCAUGCAGGGAGAAUGGCCAGAACCCCUCGAGUCUGCGGCUGUCAGGGAAGAACGGGUCUGUCUGA